AUGAUUCAAAAACUCGCGGUUUACCUUUUAUGUUCUCUAGUGGUAACUUUGAACGCCAUCCCUAUAGAGUUGUACCAGAGAAACAUCCCAGUUGAAGUGAGAUACGAAGGAGAUGUAGUGAGGGUGAUUCCAAGAGAUGUACAAGCAAGGAGGAAUCUGGAUGCAAAGGUUCAAUUGGAUACCGACGAUCUGGCGCAGGUGUUUAAGCAUUUGCCUGUACAAGUUGAGCCCGAUGUUUUGGAAGUAGUAAAACAAGAAGAACAAUUGAAGUUAAUCAACGAAGAAGAUGUUCCUGCGAUUAAAACAGUUCUUCCAAAGGAAAUUCAAGAAAAUGUAGAAAAACCAACAGUUCCAAUCGCUGAAAAACCUGUUGAGCUACCAAAAGAAGAGAAGAAAGACGUAAUACCGGCUGUAAAAUCCUUAGUUCAACCAGAAUCUAAUGAGUCCGAAAGUGACGAAAGUAAAGCAAACAUUCUAGGAAAGUCUGUUUUAAAAUCAGCACAGCAGGUGCCGACUACUUUAGAUAAAGUUCUUCAAGAAAGUCACCAAAUUAUCAAAAAUGGUCUCCAGAAUCUGAAAGAUUCAUUCAAACCAGGCAAAGAUGAACUAAGCCCUAGUUCCGAACAAUGGGCCACUUUAGAAAAAGCAGUAGAUACCUAUUUUGAUGAGCAAAAACAAAAGUUGCUCAAGCAAACCCAACCAGCUGGUACCGAUUCGGCAGCACCCGUAGCUCCAGCUCCAGAACAAAAUAACUGGAUUCAAAAUAUCGUAAAUGGUUUUAACGGUAUUGCUACCAAUUUUGUCCAGAGUAUCCAAAGUUUGGGCGGUCCCAAUAAUGGCAAUCCAGUUCCUCAGGGACAAGCUGAUGAAGAGCCGGGACAGCAACCAGCCAAUCAAGGAUUCCAAGGUUUCGUUCAGUUCUUUAAUAAUGGUAUAAGUAACAUUGUAAGUACUAUCACAGGAAAUACUGGCCCAACAACUUCAAAUACUAACCUUAGUGAUUCAGGAGCUGCGCCAGCGCAAGGUGGACCAAUAGGAUUCUUUGGAGCCAUAGUAUCAAAUGUUCAAAACGCCUUUGGUAUUCCGCAAGGUCAAUCUCCAGCUGGAUCACAAGGCGAUUCUGCAUCCCCUGUACAACAGCAACAAAAUGGUCCUGCUCAAGUUAUACAGUCAGUUGGUUUAUUAUUUCUGCCUCAAGGUAACGCUAUAACAAACUUCUUCCAAGGAGGCAAUUCAAAUAGGCCCCCAAGCGCUUCCGGAGAUGAAGGUGCUGCUCCAGCUCAACCUAGUAACACAAAUAUUAUCCAAAAUAUCCAGAAUGCUAUUCAAAAUAGCCCUUUGAAUCCAUUUAGACCCCAAGGUGGAACCAACGAACAAAAUCCUAUCCAAAAUGCAAUUCAAAGUGUUGGAACUCAAGCACAACAAUUGAUUCCUUCAGCAGGUCAAUCUCAAGGUCCCGACAGCGCAAAAAAACCUGUUGUUGAAGUACUUAGUGAAGAAAAACCUGAACUUCAAGCCCAACCUGAAAAACCUAUUAAGGACAACGAGAUUUCAAAGAAAGAUUCAAAAACUAUACCUUCGACUGUUGCGUAGAUUUAAAAAUUUAGGAUAUUUUGAGUUUUUGACUGGCUUUAAGAAAGAAUGAUAUUCGAUUAGUUUUUAAUAUUUAAAUUAUUUAUUUUUUUAGAUCCUCAAUAAACGACUG